ACGAUAACAAAGGAAGAAGCGCCAUCUCCAGAUAAUAAUCUAAACUGCAUUUAAAGUUCGCUUGCUUUGGAUCCCGGAAGCACAAACUUGCGAAGGUCAACAUGGGGAGCAAAAUGGCAGCUGCCAGUAGGGUAGUACAGACGGUGAAAUCUCAUGCGCCUUUAAUAAAAUUCCCUGAUAGACUUGGCAGCCCGAGGCCUAAUGUUUUUGUUUCAGUGCAGGAAGCACUAAAAACAAUGAAAAUGACCUCGCCACCACAAUCCACCGGGACCCAGAUGGCACAGUCGGCAGUAGGAUCUGCAUCCAGACCGCCAGGUCCUCCAAGCUCAGCAUCACUUAGCUGGUUACCAGGCCCCCCCGACACGGCAAGCUCAGUGAGAGCCCUUCCUCACAAAUACAGGAGGAGGACGAUGGCAGAAGAAGAAAUGGGUUAUAUCCAGCGCGGAGGACCAGAAUGAAACUGAAUUCAUCUACGCAUGGACACCUUAUAGCUGGAAAUCUCUCAUUUUCCUGAGAUGCUAAAUGUUUUUUUGUUUUGUUUUGUUUGCGAGGGCUGGUUUUCAAAAGAUAAACAUCAAAAUAAAGAAUGCUUUAUUCUUGGCAAAGAAACAAUAAUGUUAUGCCUACAUAGCAUUUGUAGGUUGUUUUGUAUUAAUGUAAACUGUAAAGGAUUUAUGUAAACACUAAUUCUGGAUUUACAAGUAAUUACAACACCACAAUUGUAUAUGUUUAAUGGUUUUGAUUUUAUGCAUAUAGUGAAAGUAUUUUUUCCCUUUUCAACAACUUUAGACUAUUGGGGGAUUAUUUAGUUACAUAAAGUACUUCCCAAACCAAAAUGCAUAUAUUACUGCAUAUUUUACUAAGCAUUGCAUUGCAGUACCAGUGUUGAAUAAAAUGAAGGUUCAGAUUCA